GGGCCAAACGCGGUUGCUCCAUCCGGCCCCCACGGCUUACGCUUGCCUAGCCGACUUACGCCAGAGAGGGGUGGGGAUAGGGGUCAGGGAGAAGAAAGAAGGGCUGGAUAAAAGCGGAAGACAACCAUAGAGUUCGGGUUUCCCCUGCUUCCAGGGUAGAGCGGCCCCUAGAGUGGUGGGGAGAGUGGCUCUCUAAACGGGGAUCCUAGGGGCGGGGGGCGGGGGUCUUUUUGACAACAGGCCGCCGGCGGGAUCAUGGCGACCAGGAAUCCCCGUCCCACAGAACAUGACAGUGAUGAUGACUCUUAUGAAGUACUGGAUUUAACAGAGUAUGCAAGAAGACACCACUGGUGGAACCGUGUUUUUGGCCACAGCUCUGGACCUAUUGUAGAAAAAUAUUCUGUAGCUACUCAGAUUGUAAUGGGUGGAGUUACUGGAUGGUGUGCAGGAUUUUUGUUCCAGAAAGUUGGGAAACUUGCAGCUACUGCAGUGGGUGGUGGCUUUCUUCUCUUGCAGAUUGCCAGUCACAGUGGCUAUGUGCAAGUUGACUGGAAGAGAGUUGAAAAAGAUGUAAACAAAGCAAAAAGACAAAUUAAAAGAAGAGCAAAUAAAGCUGCACCUGAAAUCAAUACCAUAAUUGAAGAGUCAACAGAAUUUAUCAAACAGAAUAUAGUGGUGUCCAGUGGAUUUGUGGGAGGCUUCUUGCUAGGCCUUGCAUCGUAAGGACGAGAAUGUUGCUGUCUUGAUGGAUUAAUUAACAAUAAAAGCAUUGGUGACGGUGCGCUCUCUCGCAACGUAGUCCAGGUCACCACAUUCUUCUGGGCAAGAAGACUAGUUGGACAAUACCGAAACUUACACCUUAGGCUUUUGCCUUCUGAAGCUUGGCAAACUAGGAUUUGCUAGAAAUAAUAAUAAUAGUAAUAAACUGUGCAGUAUAUAUAUGUCACAUUUCUGGACAAAACUUGGCUAACUUUCAUCAUGACUUUUUAAUCUUGUGCCUGUUCAGAAAUUAGCAUUUUAAAUGUAACUGUUGGUAUAGAUAUAUAAUUGUUUUGGUAAAAGGACCUUCUGUUUUGACAGUUUCCCUAUUGAAUUGCUAUUUUUUCUUUAUUUAAAAAGGCAUUCUCCAUUGUGCUGUAGAGUCAAUAGUGCCAAUAAUUAAAUAAAAUGUAUUUUAGUUUCAGUAUCGGCAGAUAAGAAAUCUGUUUGCAAUAAACUAUAGAAUUGUAAUGUACUUUUAUGAAAGACAAGUAGAAAUGCUUAUUAAGAGAUAUUAAAAACACGUUAAACAGA